AUGAGCUCAUCCUGCAUCCAGUACAUUCUUGUUCUCAGUGUUCUAAUCUCAAUAGUUUCUGCCAGGCCACCUGUUCGAAAUGAUCAGGAGAAGAAGUUACUGGGAGAAGUCGUGGAGCCAAUGGAGUUAGAUGACUACGUGGAUUACUUUGAAGACUUUUUUCCAGUUUUGAACAAUUCGACGAAACUGAAUGAGAACUACCAAUACGAGAAGAAGAAGUAUCUAACUUCCGUCGGAUUCCCCGCGAAAAUAAAAAAGAUGUUAUAG